AUGAAGCUCGGAGAAUCAGUGACUGACUACCUUGGCAGAGUGAUGGUUGUAGCAAAAGUAGCCCAAGCUCGGAACCAACCAUGCCCUACCGACCAACCCCAUAGUCAGACUUAUGCUAGUCGUACUGAGCUUAAUGAUGGAUCUAAUAUAUUGGCCUCACUUCAUGGAGAAAGAGAGAGUUCCUUGCUUGUACAUGAACAAAAAUUCAGAAAGGUUGGAGGAGAUGAGCAAGCACUAAAAGUGUCAUACGAGGACAAAACAGGAAGACAAGGGAGAGCACGAGGAGGCUUUAGAGGCAGUGGAGUUAUGAGAGGCAGAGGCAGAGGUAGAGGUCUGAACAAAUAUGAAUGUCCGCAAUGGGAAAAGGCUGCCAAUUAUGCUGAAAUAGAUGAGGAUGAAAAACUGCUUCUAAUGGCUUUUGUGGAAGAGAACAAAUCAAGUAGAGAAGGGGUGUGGUUCCUUGAUUCAGGCUGCAGCAAUCAUAUGACAAGGAACAAACAGUGGUUCACUGAAUUCGACAAAGAUUACAGGCACUCUGUGACGGUUGGAAACAACAUGAGAAUGGCUAUGAUGGGCAAGGGCUGUGUUAAAAUACAAGUUGGAGAUGCCAACAUAGGUCAACUGCAAGAGAAAGGUCUAGCUAUUCUGAUUCAAGAUGGAUCUUGCAAAGUCUAUCAUACGACAAGGGGUCUUAUCAUGUAG